GUCCAGUCUUUGGUUGUCGGAACCGGUACUGAAGGAAAAAGACAAUUAUGGAACCUGCUUCCGAAUUACAGUCGUCUUCGUCGUCCUCUUUCUUACCAAAAUCUCGGGCAGAAGAGACAUUUGCGAAUGCUGAAGCGGACGCAAUCGAACGCUGGUUGACGUCUCCAGCAAAAACGACGACAACAUCUACGGGCACCCCAUCGCAUGCAACUAGGCUACCGAAGACGACCAUCACAGAUAUAGCUAUCCGGAGAAGAAGGCAACUACAGGACGAGAAAUAUCAGCAGCAGCAAUCGCUACCAACUUCACCGCAGCACGAGGAACAACAGGACGACAAAGCAGGAAAUGCGACAAGUGUUUCUCCACGUUCCUCUCUACGCCGCAGCAAGUUACUACGGAAGCAGCGGGAACGACAGAGGCAAUCACUUCAACGGAAUCUCCCUGCUGCUACUGUGGAGAAGACCGGAAAAAACAAACCACCAGCGUAUUGCCACCAAACAGCAGUCAUGGCAAUGAGAGCGAUGGACAAUGUCAGCCAUAAACAUUAUCAAUCUCAUUCUCAUUUUGCUGCGAAAGACCCCGUCACAGACGAUACUUGUGACGGAAAGGAAACGAAAAACAGCACGAACAUAGCAAGGGUUGAAGAUAAUGCGUUUUCCUUCGAGGAUACCCAUGAUGUUACGACUGCUACUUCUUUAGAGAGUAAUGACGAAUACCUCCAAGACGACAAUUUCCGCAAAGAAAGCUACAGUCGAUCGUUUUGUGAUUCUAGCAAUGUAAACAGCAAUCCAAAAGUUUCAAAUUUUCUCCCCAAUACAACUGCGAAGAAAAUAUCCCCAACGAAGACAACUCUAUCCGUCGCGACAACCGAGGCGAGCGACCAAAAGAAACACCCGACCGUUCAACAUUCAACGAGUGGCGUUAUUAUUGCCUCUCCAGGGAUCGAAGCCAUUCGACGCCGCCGCCAACAGCGACUGCAGCAACAAGCUGAGUUAGAAAGAGAAAUGCGAGAACUAGAACGUGAAGAACAGGGACUUAUAAUGGCCAUAAGAAGGGCAGAGGGAGCAUCGACAGCGGCGGUCCCACAUGACGAGGUUGAUAAAAAUCACAGAAAGGGCAGUGCCACCCCAUAUUCGUUCCCAGAAGCAAAACAAUCAUUCGACACGACUCCCGCACUUUCACCUCUAGCGAGACUACGUCAAACUCACAAUAUAGAUAGCAACAGCACUACCGGAGGCAAACGUAUUGUUUCUGUCUCUCCAACAAAAAAGAUUCACUUGCUAAAACGACACGAUGCUAGCGGCGGCGACAGUCCACUUUCGAAGACAGCCCGUCCUUUGGUAGGACAAGACGUAACACUUGUUGACGAUCCUUCAUCUACCGAAUUGGACAGUACUGUGGGAAGAGAUACUCUCCGUCGCCAGGAGGAGAACGCAGCAAGCUCAGAGCAACUCCAACUCUUACGGCAGCAAUCAUCGAAGAGAAUCACAAAGUAUAAGAGCGAAGGUGAUCAUGAACAACACCUUGAACAACAACAAAGAUCAUUCGCCACUGCCAAUGGUUCGUAUCUUCCAAAUCCACCUCUCAGGAAACUGCAUCCUUCUCGGGAUAUCGAGAAUGAACACUCACCAAAGAUAAAUGAACAGCUGAUAAGAGAAGGACAGCGGCAACCUGAAGGAGAAGACGCUAAUUCGCAACCAGACCCUCAUCGAAGGCCUAGAACCUAUAAUUCGCAUCAUCUUGAUCACCUUUCGCAAAACGAUAAAACCCAAAUCGAAGUUUCGAACAAGAGUGUGAACACGGAUAGUUUUGACUCGAAGGCCAACAAAAAUAAUACGAUGCGCAUCAAAGCAGCAGUUGCCAGAUCGCGAUUGAGCCGCAAUGGAAGCAAAAGUAAUUUAUGCGACGAUGCUUCUGGAUACAAUUUGAUAAGCGACGACCCUGUGUUGAAACAACAUUUUCAAAGUGCUAGUUUGUCGUGUUCGAGUGUGAUCACUACGGCCACCUCCACAGUGAGCAUCGCAAGUACCGGAGGCAGUUCCAAAAGCAACAACAGCCAAUAUACUUUCGAAAGUAACGACGGUGAAAGCAGCAUCGAUAGCUCCAUGACUGAAGACGAUACAACGGCAAUGACAUCCAUUACCGAACAAGACGAGGAAAAAAGACUGCAAGCGAUGAAAGCGGUGGCGAACGAGACUUCGAUAGCAGCACCGUCGCCUCGUGAUACGGAAACCAGUUUUGGUAGCCAAGCCGAGACGGAACCAAUAGGUAAUCUUUCGCACCGUCCCCCUCGGUUGGCAAAGCACCACCCCCAACACCAGUUUUCGGUACCAACACAUUCUGGUUCCACGAAUCACCUGAACACAGCACCAGUAACGAUGAGUGCAGAUAACUCGGGAUCGGUACUGACUCGAUCCGAGAAGAUCAUUCCUCCAAUAGACAAAAAUUCCAUGGUUGUGAGGCUUGAAGGGAAAAACCGAAACCAGGAAUCUUCGGUCGCUAGAUACGGAAGAAGUGGGGAAUCGGCAAUGGCUUUGAUUGUGCAAUCGACCACUGGAACCGCCACCGGGGGUUCUUCCGCUAUCACUCGAAGAACAUCCGAGCGAGAGCUUGCGAAAUCCAACUGGAUCAAGCUUCACGUUUAUGAUCUAGUUGCGGACGACACACAACUCGAUGUGUACGGAUGCCAUUUCCCUCUCGGGCAAGUUUUCAACGCUUUCAACUCGAGCUUGCAUUCCAUUGGAACAGGUGCCUACCACGUAGGUGUCGAGAUCGAUGGGGUUGAGUACGCGUUUGGUGCAAACAACACCAAGGAUUUGACAGGUGUCUUUACUUGCACGCCGAAAAACUCACCGGGCUAUCAAUACAGGACCACUAUCGACUUUGGACACCGGUUGGUGACGAAACGGUAUGGCAAACGAGAAGAAGCGGUAGACGGAAGGGACGUUAUUCGAGGAAUGGCCAGGGAGUACCUAGGGCUCGACUACGAUCUGCUCCGAAAAAACUGCUGUACGUUCGCCCGCGAUGCCUGCAUCCGGCUCUGCAUAAAGGAGGAAGAAAUCCCGUCGUGGUUCCACAACCUUGCGGAAGCGGGCGCGGCAACGCAAGACGCGGCGAACUUUACCCUGGCGCCCAUUGCGCAGCUAUUUUCUGGCGAUCAGGUGGAAAGAUUCACAGACUACCUGAACGAAACGCCUCUCGACAAGAAGGCUAUACGGGAUGCUCCCACGGAAGAGAGGAGAAUGGAAGAGCCCAUCGAGCACGGUGCAUACCAAUUCUGAGCUCUCCCAGGUGUUGUCAUCUCGGUUGUGAAUUGCAACAACACAUAGCUACGCAUCUUGUUUUCUUUUUUUCCAGUUUUAGCGUGUGGGUAGGUAGCUGCAUACUAAACGAAGAAAGGCGAAGCAAUAUGAAAAUUGCUCGCAGUGCCUAACAUUGAGGGGCAUUUUUGUUGUCAUAAAAUGGUUAUGAUACA